AUGGCGAAUUCCAGGACCUUGGCGCUGGUGUUGCUGUUCUGCUCCUUGGCGUCCUCUUGGGAGGUCGCCUUCUCCUACUUCCCCUCGCCGGCAGUCAAGGAGGAUUUCCUGGGAUGCCUCGUGAAGGAGAUCCCGCCACGCCUCCUCUACGCCAAGAGCUCCCCCGGCUACCCCUCCGUGCUGGGGCAAACCAUCCGGAACUCGAGAUGGUCGUCGCCGGACAACGUGAAGCCGCUCUACAUCAUCACCCCCACCAACACCUCCCACAUCCAGUCCGCCGUGGUGUGCGGCCGCCGAUACGACGUCCGCAUCCGCGUACGCAGCGGCGGGCACGACUACGAGGGCCUCUCGUACCGCUCCCUGCAGCCCGAGAACUUCGCCGUCGUUGACCUCAAUCUGAUGCGGGCGGUGUUGGUGGACGGUAAGGCCCGCACGGCGUGGGUCGACUCCGGCGCGCAGCUCGGCGAGCUCUACUACGCCAUCUCCAAGUAUAGCCGCACGCUGGCGUUCCCGGCCGGCGUUUGCCCGACCAUCGGCGUGGGCGGUAACCUCGCGGGCGGCGGCUUCGGCAUGCUGCUGCGCAAGUACGGGAUCGCCGCAGAGAACGUCAUCGACGUGAAGCUCGUCGACGCCAACGGCAAGCUGCACGACAAGAAGUCCAUGGGCGACGACCAUUUCUGGGCCGUGAGGGGUGGCGGCGGCGAGAGCUUCGGCAUCGUGGUCUCGUGGCAGGUGAAGCUCCUGCCGGUGCCUCCCACGGUGACCAUCUUCAAGAUCCCCAAGUCAGUCAGCGAGGGCGCCGUGGACAUCAUCAACAAGUGGCAACUGGUCGCGCCUCAACUUCCCGCCGACCUCAUGAUCCGCAUCAUCGCGAUGGGGCCCAUGGCCACGUUCGAGGCCAUGUACCUCGGCACCUGCAAAACCCUGACCCCGAUGAUGCAGAGCAAGUUCCCCGAGCUUGGCAUGAACGCCUCGCACUGCAACGAGAUGUCAUGGAUCGAGUCCAUCCCCUUCGUCCACCUCGGCCAUAGGGAUUCCCUGGAGGGCGACCUCCUCAACCGGAACAACACCUUCAAGCCCUUUGCGGAGUACAAAUCGGACUACGUCUACGAGCCAUUCCCCAAGAGCGUGUGGGAGCAGAUCUUUGGCACCUGGCUCGUGAAGCCUGGUGCGGGGAUUAUGAUCUUCGACCCCUACGGUGCCACCAUCAGCGCCACCCCAGAAGCGGCGACGCCGUUCCCUCACCGCAAGGGCGUCCUCUUCAACAUCCAGUACGUCAACUACUGGUUCGCUCCGGGAGCCGGCGCCGCGCCCUUGUCGUGGAGCAAGGAAAUCUACAACUACAUGGAGCCGUACGUGAGCAAGAACCCCAGGCAGGCCUACGCCAACUACAGGGACAUCGACCUCGGGAGGAACGAGGUGGUGAAUGGCGUCUCCACCUACAGCAGUGGUAAGGUCUGGGGACAGAAAUAUUUCAAGGGUAACUUCGAGAGGCUCGCCAUUACCAAGGGCAAGGUGGAUCCUACGGAUUAUUUCAGGAACGAGCAGAGCAUCCCGCCACUGAUCCAGAAGUUCUAG